AUGUCAGAUUCGCAGGCGCCUCGCUUUUGCGCGGACUGCUUCAAGGGGACCCUCCGCGGCGACGUCGAGCCGCAGGGCACGGAGGAGACGGUCAGCGGCCUGCCGACCUACGUCGCGCGCCCGGAGCCGGGCCGCGAGCCGGCCGGCAUCGUGGUCGUCAUCCCGGACGUGUUCGGGUGGAAGCUGCGCAACACGAGAGCCCUCGCCGAUGCGUAUGCGAAGAGGAUCCCGGCCGUGGUGCUGCUCCCCGAGGUCAUGAAUGGCUACGCAAUGCCCGACUCCGUCCUCACCGUCGGCGACCGCAUCGCGUCCGAGAAGUCGUGGCUGUACAAGCUCUUCUACCUCUACCCCGUCGGCGCCGCCACCAUGAUCCGCUACUUCGUCCCUCUCCUCCUCGCGACGCGCGCCGGCGUGCUCGUCCCGCGCAUCGCAAACUUCCUCCGCGCCCUCCGUCUCGACCCGCCGUCUCCGCUGCCGCGCCCGUCGACGUCCACAUCCGCCUCCGCAGACGGGGCCGGCGGCGAGACGUCUGCGUCCGCGGCGGCCAAGGGCCUCAAGAUCGGCGUCGCGGGUUUCUGCUGGGGCGGCAAGUACGCGAUCCAGCUGGCGCAGGGGACGGCCGGGCCGUUUGGCGAGGAGAGGCUCGUUGAUAUCGCGUAUACCGCGCACCCGAGCAUGGUGUCUGUGCCUGGGGACCUGGAGAAGGUGGCGCUACCGUUGAGCAUUGCCAACGGGGACGAUGACAUGAUGAUGCCGAGGGCCAAGAUGGCGCUGGCGAAGGAUAUUCUAGGGAAGAAGGGGGACUGCGAGGUUUGUGAAUAUGCUGGGGCCAAGCACGGGUUUGCGGUGAGGGGUGAUCCGAAUGAUGAAAGGCAGGCCGACUUGGGAAUGCGGGCGGAGGAUCAGGCUGUGGGGUGGUUUAGAAGGUGGUUUGGGCAGGGUCCUGAGUGA